UAUCCCUUCAAUUCAUUUCAAUCAUCUCCCUUUACCUUAUUCUUGUUCCUCUAUUCUCUACUUCUUCUUUAAUUUCUGCUUCUCGUCCGUUCUUUAAUUCCGAUCGCCGAUAGCUAACGCGUUUUGUUAAUCACAGCUCCACGAACACUAAAAAAAAUGAAGAAAGUUGUUUUGAAAUUGGAUUUGCACGAUGAUAAAGAUAAGAAAAAAGCAAUGAAAAGUGUCUCUGGCCUUUCAGGGGUAGAAUCAUUAACCUUGGACAUGAAGGAUAAGAAAUUGACGGUAACCGGAGAUGUUGAUCCGGUCAAAAUAGCGAGCAAAUUGAGAAAACUGUGUCACGCAGAGAUAAUUUCAGUAGGUCCGGCGAAACCCGAACCUCCGAAGAAAGAAGAGCCUAAAAAAGAAGAACCCAAGAAACCCGAAGAGAAGAAGAAAGAUGACGUGGCUGAUCUUGUUAAGGCGUACCAGGCUUAUAAUCCUCAUUUAACUCAGUACUACUCUGUAAGAAGUAUAGAGGAAGAUCCUAAUGGCUGUGUGAUUUGUUAAAUUAAUUUAUUGUUUGAUCACCUUAAGAUAAUCAAAACCUGUACAGUAAGAUAAUGGUGAGUUGUUCAACUCCAUGUUUGUUGUUGUUUUAGUAUUUGGAUGUAUCAAAUUUUGAUGGUGGUUUUCAUUAAUUAAUAUUUUUUAAUAAUUGUUUUUCAACAA